CAGAAUAUCAGAUGCCAAUUGCCAUCGCCCGCACCCUCCAUUUCUCAUCUCCGCUUCUCAGUCCUCACUAGAAUCCAAAUAUAUUAACCCUGAGGACCUAUCACCAUGUCGGAACCUAAUAAAUCCGAUGGAAAUUGGAGCUCGAGUUCGACUACUCAACCCGAACCGCCUGUUUCAACCACUGGCCAAGCUUCCGCUGGUGACCAAGGUGAAGGCUCCGGGAUGACUCAAGAAGAUAGCCAAGCAGCGGGCAAGAAGAGGAAAAAGUCUAAAGCCAAACAUGAAGGACCUGAAAGCGAGGGUGGAACCGAUACCGCUUCUGACAACCAGCAACUUCAGAACCUCAUCGCAAGCAACCCCACCUUGAAAAAGCACUUUGCUGGAUUGGAGCCCGAGAAGAUGGAGGAAGCGCUUCGAAAGCUGAAAUUGGAGGAGAUCCUGUCCGGAAUGUCGCCGCCAAGUGCGAAGCGACAGAAGGACAUGGCCGGAUAUAAGUUCUGGAAGACGCAGCCAGUGCCUGCCUUCGAUGACCAGCGCCCAACCGAGGAAGGUCCGAUCAAGAUGAUCGAGAUCGACCGAGUCUCGAAGAAGCCUGCUCCGCUGAUUGAUGGGUUUGAAUGGGUGACCAUGAACCUUGACGAUCCCGCAGAGUUGAGCGAGGUAUACGAGCUGCUCUCCCAUCACUACGUUGAGGACGAUGAAGCCAUGUUUCGGUUCAACUACUCUCCCGCUUUCUUUACCUGGGCCUUGAAAGCUCCAGGGUGGACCAAAGAUUGGCACAUCGGUGUUCGAGCUACCAAAUCACGAAAGCUGGUUGCAUUCAUUUCGGGGAUUCCAAUCGGACUACGAGUGCGGAAGACGGUUCUGAAGAGCUCUGAGAUCAAUUUCCUCUGCAUCCACAAAAAGCUGCGUUCAAACCGCCUUGCACCUGUGCUCAUCAAGGAAGUCACUCGGCGCUGCUACCAGAUCGGCACCUUUCAAGCCAUCUACACUGUGGGCCACAUUCUACCCACCCCCGUGUCCACAUGUCGAUACUACCAUCGAUGUCUUGACUGGGAGAAACUAUACGAGGUGGGCUUCUCGCCGCUUCCAUCUGGAUCCACCGUCCAACGACAGAUUAUCAGAUACAAGCUUCCGACCACCACAUCCACCCCCGGACUCCGACCGAUGAAGUCAAAGGAUGUACCUGCUGUGCAAUCCCUCCUCAAGAGAUACCUCGAUCGUUUCGAGCUGGCCCAAGAGUUCACUGAAGAGGAAGUUGAACAUUGGCUUGUCCAUCACGAGGAUUCCGGGCGUGAGCAGGUGGUCUGGGCCUACGUCGUUGAAGAGGAAAACACCCAUCGUAUCACGGAUUUCUUCUCCUUUUACAACUUGGAGUCCACCGUCAUCGGUCAUAAGAAGCACAAUGCUGUCCGAGCAGCGUAUUCCUUCUACUACGCCUCCGAAAAGGCGCUCACGGGAAAUAUGGCCGAGCUCAAGGUUCGCUUGAAUGAAUUGAUGAAGGAUGCGUUGAUUCUGGCGAAGAAUGCCAAAUUCGACGUUUUCAACGCGCUGAGUCUACUCGAUAACCCGCUGUUCUUGGACGAUCAAAAGUUCGGGAUGGGCGACGGUCGGCUGCAUUACUAUCUCUACAACUACCGGGCGGCGCCUAUUCAAGGCGGUCUCGAUGCGCAGCAGAACGCGAGUGAGAAGCACAUGGGUGGGAUCGGCGUCGUCAUGCUUUGAGGGAUGCUCGAAUCUUGAGCAGAAAACUGUCGUUGCCGAACCAAGGUGCGUUGCGCGCCGUCCAAAGGUCUUUCACAAACCAAUUCUCUGCAGGAGCGAUUAUCUUUUGGAUCUACUUCAACGUGUGUAUCUCUAGCCUUCGAGUGGUACUUUCGGUUCCAGCCACCAGUUCCACAUGGGUGUAUGCUACCUUGUUUCUCGGGGGUUCGACUGCGCAGGUUCACAUGGAUCGUAGCAUGGAAAGGAGGGAUGGGCUGUGAAUUUAAUUGUCACAGUGAGUGAAAUCGGAUGACCCGUAUAGGCGGUGCAUGUAGGUAGUUGCAAUUGCAUAAAUACUAGGAACGUCGGACAACAUGGGGUAAAGUAGCUAUCGGCUAAUGAUGAUAUUAUCCUAUAUCAUCCAAAUGUCU